UCUGUCAUAACCAGGCAAGUCUGUAAUGCUCUUAGUUUCAAGGUUGGUACUAAUAACAGACAUACUGAUUUUGGAACAACUACUUGUUACAACAUGACGUGGCAAAACACUGUGGAUUAUUUUAUUCCAGAAUGCAAGAGACAAGCUGCGAGACCAUCGGAUGCUAGCUGGGUCUGCUAUUAA